AUGACAACUACUAGUGGAAACGAACUCGCACAGUGCCUCGAAACCCAUUUAACUCCGCUCAAUGAGAUCGACGACUCUGUCGCAACGUCUUCAGCCGAAUGCAACUACGAAGAUCACGAGACAUUCACCGAAGCGGUUGAUUUGACAUUUUUCGAACAAGACUUAACAGAAAUUCUCAAAGAAUGUGAGUAUUUUUAAUUGAAGAUUACUUAACAAAUGUCCACCUCACUUAGUGAAAAAAAGAGCCGAAAACCUUCUGCUUUCCGACGAAAAAUGCGACAUCCGACUCGUUUUCGAAGAAGGAACUGUGGCGACAAUGAAAUUUAAUCUGUUCGUGUGGCACUUUCUAGAGAGUGGAAUCCGGUCGGAAAGCUCUGAAGAUGAAGUUGAAAGAGCAGUUCUCGCUGCGUGCGUCUACCUUUCAAUGUGUGCGAUGCCACAUUCGAACCAAGAUCUCUUCCAGCCUGGGCUCUACUCAGUGAGUUCACACAAAAAAGAUAGAAGUAUCGAGAUAAACAAUUUGCAGAAAUGCCUAAAGCUCAUUCGCAAUUGCUGUCAAACAGUCCGAAUAGGUGAAACCGUCGCGGCGAAAAAAAAUACGGGCGCUAAAAAGAAAGGAGGAAAAAGUGGAUCUGAGGAGCAGGCAGCCGACGAGACGGGCGCUGCGGCUGCUGCCGAACCCAAGAUCGGUCCCCCGAGGAUAGCCGUCGACUCUGCAGAACGUUUCCUGCAUCAACUAACCACUCAAAUGUUCGGAUUUCUCGUCAAAGACUCGUUCAGUCUCGAUCAACUCACUCUUAUGAGCACUCUUGAGGUGAUAGAAGAUAUUCCCCGAUUGGAUCUCGACACUCGCGCAGCUCCACGCGCGUAUCGUGCCAAUUCUGUGCGCGAGUUCAGAUCUCUCGAUCGGUUCAUGGAUCGGUACUGUUCGUUCGUGAAUGCACUCAUCGAGAGCAAGUACAAAACAAGAGGAGAAUUGGUAAACAUGAUUAGAAAAAAAAAGAAAAAAACUCGAGUAUUUAUGUCAGGCAUACGGUAGAUUGAUUCGUCCACGUCUCGCAUUUCUUCCAUAUCCGGACGAAAGCACUAAACAAUCGAAGGUUUCGGGAGAACGAAAGAAAGUCGGAGAGCUGACUGCUUGUCUCGUUGUCUCCAGAAUCGGCAGAAAUCCAGAUGCCAGAGAGCUCAAACUCAUCGAAUCCGUAGUUGCAAUGGUCUACGCUCAAUGUCCCGAAUACGCAGAGUUCCGCGCCAACAUUGCUCAGACUCUCACCAAAAUUCUAGAAGCGCUUCCCUAUCAAUUCGUCUAUGACUUCGUACAAUUGAUGAACGUCUUGUUCAAAGGCAAAAGUAAUGUGAGGUCUCUGUCCAAUGAGUUGGCCAACAAUCUCCUCUUCGCGUACAAUUUCACUGCUCCGGAUCCGGGACCGGUGCCGGAUUUGGAAAAUGCGGAGCAAGAUGAAGAAGAAGAAGACAAGGGUUCAGAGGACGAAGGAGAGAAAGGAAAGAACAGCGAUUCUGACGAUGACAGUGACGGUGAUGCUAACACAUCCAGGAGAAGGAAACUGAAAGCUGAAGAGAGGAGAAAGAAGAAAGAGCAGCAAAAAGCAAAGGACAGAGUGUAAGUGGAGACACAAUUUCAUAAAGAAAUGCGAAGUUUAUAGAACGCCCGCUCGAGAAGACGCAUGCUCAAUCCUCUACAACAUCAUCUACGCUGCUUGCCUCGACAAAACAGCCGGAAUGCGAGUCCAUGGAAUCAGUAGCUUCGCCAAGAUUCUCUCAUCUCCGGUGCACCGAAAAGCGUUUCAAGAAUGCUGUCAGAAGACGAAUGUGAAAAUGGACGAAAAAUUCGGAGAAGCGGGCGAAAAUCUGAAUGAGCUUCUCGACACUUCGGCUCAAUCGGAAAAUGGAGGAUCAAAGAAAGGAAAACACGAUUUGCUGCGAGACGAGCAAGAAAUUAUUCAGAAAAUCAACAGACUCGAACUUUUGAACAAAGGGGCCGCCCGUGUUGAGAAGGACAUCAUCUACAUGAUGAUCCGGCGGCUGACUACAGAUGACAAGGCACCGGUGAAGAAGGGAGCGUGUGGUCUGCUCAGAGUCUAUCUCAUGUUCUGCGAAGAGGAAGUCAAGUUUGACACAAUGCUCUCAACUCUCCAGGUAAACGGUUAUUGUGAAUCGGGUUAAAAUGGCAAAUGGUCACAGAAACUGUGUCGUGAUAAGCAAGUGUCAGUGAGGAAAGUGAGUGCGGAAGUGUUCACAGAUUUAAUGUUGCAGGGAAACAUCACUUUCAAGUGAGUCGGUCUUGUUAACUUCCAACCAUAAAUUCAUCCUUUUCAGAGAAAGUCUAAGUUCGAAAUGGCUGCAUUCAUUGAUCACAAUGCUCAAUGACACAGACAGUGACGUCACGGAGCACGCGAGAAAGUUGAUCAUGAAAGUUCUGACUCCCCUGCUCGAGAAUCCUUCCGAUCUGACAUGGACCCUUCUGGAUACCAUCGAGUCGGUCACCAACCAUCGACAAUAUCUGAUGACCACUCUAAAAGAUGCGGUGCGGGAAAAGUUAGUCAAGAGAUCGGUGAUGGAGUCGAUGAAACGGCACAUUGUGGAGGGCGGAGAACGGCAGAGUGGAACGUGGAUGGUCUUCUCGCAGUUGUGCGUCCAAUUCGAAGCCAACGUCGAUUUCGCCGUCGAGGCGUUCCAUUCGAUGGAUCUGUCUGUCGAGUCGAAUCUCGUCCAGUACAUGGUGCAUGUCAUCGAAAACAACGUUGACAAGAUUGAGGAGGAUGCAAAAACAGACCUCCAACGCUCGCUUCAACGCACACUCCAGAACUAUUGUCUGCACGCGUCGCACGCAAAAAGUGUGUAUCAUUGUCUCGGAAAAGUGAUGGACGGAAUUGGAGACAGAGCAAAGAGUGAGUUAUCGGAAGUAUAAAAAACUAAAUCUGUUUCUCAGACGGUCCUGCCUUCCGAGACUUUGCGGAUAGUCUGCUGAUCAAAUGUUUCGACACAAUUGUUCAGUCAUUUGAAAUGUUCAAAGAUAAGGAGGCGUGGAAAAGAGUCGCUGACAGUCAGGAACGUCUUCUUAUUAUCGCCCUCAACGUGGCUUCCGAGGUGUUCUCCUUCUCUCCCUCGUUGAUUCCACGUCACGAACGCCUCGGAAAGACGCUUUCGUUGAUUGUCAACUCUCGAGACGAACAAACAUCUGACGCGUCUGCAAUCAACCCGGACAUGCCUUCCGUUCAUCAAACCCGUCCACAAACACAAAUGUCGGAGUUCCCUUCUUCACAAAAGACUGCUGGAGGCCUGCUGUCUCAUGAGGAAGGUCUGCUUUUCAGUGACAAAGUACGAGCUAUCAGUGUGAUCACUUUGGCCAAUAUGAUUCUGGCGGUAAGAUUUACACAGAAAGGCUGUUAAUAAACUGUGAACGUUCAGCACGAUCGUCUUCUCAAACUGAUGCCGAUGCUAGUGAAACAACUCCAAAUGAACCCGUCCCACCAAAUUCGCUCCAACAUCGUCGUCGCCAUCGGAGACAUCUGUGCUUCGUUCAAAACAGAUCGGUACGCUCCGAUGCUCGCUGCCUCCCUCUGCGAUGCUUCUGUUCUCGUUCGUCGUCACGCUAUCAAUCAGAUCGCCCGUCUGAUCACAUUCGGAAUCUUCCGAUUCAAUGGAGAGGUCGGGAUCUUAUUUAUACAGUUCAACUGACUCUUCUUAUUUUUGCAGAUUAUGAUCCGAAUGAUGCUCGCCACUCUUGACGCCAAUGAAGAUGUUCGCAACGACGCGAAACUCUAUAUUGUCCGUUUCUUGUCUGAAUUCUGAAACAAUCGUUUUUUUUUAAUUUCAGAGUGAAGUAUUGCAAUCGGAAGAGCCUGCCUUCUUCAAGCUCAACUUUGUUCAAUAUAUGCUCGCCCUGACUCAAGCCAAGCGACUGAUCGGAACAAACCACGACGAAGAGGACAGAGGACAGGUCGACGUGGCAAUCGGAGGAGGAGAUCCUCUCGCCAGACCAUCGCGCAUAGCCAUCUACACUUUCAUGAUUGAAUCGCUCGACGACAGAGCCAGAUUUGACGUGAAAGUUAGCAUCUGCAAGCGCAUAUUCACACCGAUCGUCAACGGCGAAUAUGACUUCAGCGAUCAUAAUGUGCAGUGUCUUCUGGAUGACGCCCUUCUGGUAAGCUCAUGGAAUGUCAACUGAAUUCUAAUCAGCACUCUUCUAGAUUAUGGCUUCGACCGAGAUGCAAGUAAAGAUGGACAUUGGAAGGAAUCCAGAUGAGAACGCAGUCGACGAUCCUGCUCCAGAAGCCAUGGCGGCGGCCGCUGCGUUCAUGCAGAAGGUCUACUUUGAUUUAUACAUGAACACGAUCGUUCCGUCGACUCUGGCACUCCGAGAAUUCCUCAACCAGCACCGUUCGCCACUGCAAAGGAAGUGUCUGGUGGCGAUUCGGAUGAUCUGCAUGGAGCACAAGGACGAUUUGGACAAGAUUCUCCAGGACAACCGACAGCUCAAGGAGGAGAUGAAGUUCGAGUUGCAACGUGUGAAGCAGAGAAACGAGGAGGCGAACAAGAUUCUCGAUCAGUACUUGAAGAAGGUGGCUGACUUCCACAAGCAGCAGAAGCUCAUUGCUCGACAGCAAGACGGAAAGGAGCCUGGAGAGGAAGAUGAGCAGCAGCAACAACAACAGGAAGCAGCAAAAGACGUUGAGAUGACUUCGCCAGUGCGAAACAAUCCGGAGAUCGCCUCGGAGGACGGAACGCGAACUCCUCCGCCACAGAGACAAUUGCUCGAAGGACUCAAGACUCCGGGAACUGCCCUCAGGAGCAGGACGGAAUCCCAGCAGACACCACAGACGAGAGUGCUCUCACCGAAGACUAUUCGAAAGAUUGUAAAACGAAAAGAAGUUUCCCUAAAAAAUACCACGUUUUCAGCGUCGUUCUGUUGGUGCUUUGAUUAAGAGCAACGAAAUGCGACUGAAUGCUCCAAAUCUGGAAGGUUGCUAUUUUAGAAUCUCAAUGGAAAUAUGUUAUUCGUUUCAUCCCAGAUACGCGUAUGAGUGAGGCAGUGGAUAAGACUGUGGCCGGUGAAAAUGAAAUCGAAAAAGAGAAAACGAUUGUGGACGAGUCGAUGGAGCAAAACGAGGAAGCGGAGAAAACUGUCACUGGACAAGUGAAAGAAGCUGAUGAAGAUGUCGAAAAAGAGAAGUCACGUGAAACUGAGCAAGAGCCUGAAGCGCAGCAAUUGAAGGAGCCGGAACCGGAGAACCGGGAGAAGCCAGUUGCAGCAGUUGCAGUAGAAGAGCAGGCGAACAGAUCGAAAUGUACGUUCCAAUAGAACUCGUUUCGAACUGAUAAAUAUCCUUUCAAUUAUAUCAACAGGCAUAUCAACGCGCAUUGCAUUUUCAGCACGUCGUCGCAAGACACCGACUUAUGAUGAGGAUGAGUCUGUCGAUGCCGAUGGAAAAGUGUGGAAGAAGCCGAAGAUUGUGAUGAGUUAGUGACGAUUCUAGCAAUUUGUGCAAAAUUUUAUUUUACAGAGUCACCUGAGAAGCCAGCUGACAUUUCGAUGAACGUCACGGUGCGAAGAAGUCAUCGUGCUCGUCCUUCGGAGAGACAAGACGAAGCUGAGAAGAAGAAGAAGAAGAGCAACAAACGGAAGGCGAUGGACGAGGACGAAGAAGAAACGGAAGGAAAUGAAGAGAACGCGCCGAUGGCCACUCCGCGCGGAACGACUCCUUUGGUGUUCGAUGAGAACAAAGUGGGCGCUGGAAGACAGUGCUCGACUCCGAUCAGAGGAAGAGACGAAUGCGAUCCGAACAAUGUGACGUUCGCUCUUGAUGUGUCGGCAAUCACCGAGAAAGAAGAGCUCAAAACAAGAAGUGGGUUACAAAGAUUAAAAACGGUUUGAAACAAAAGUGACAAAUUACAGAAAGUCAAGCUCAAAUCCUUCACAACAUUUUCGAGGAUGACGAGGAAGAAGUCUAA